AUGUCAGCCACUAGUACUGUUCCUUCAGAUAUAGCAUCCACAUCAGCAUCCACUCCUGCAAUGUCAACCACUAGUACGGUUCCUUCAGAUAUAGCAUCUACAUCAGCAUCCACUGCUCCAAUGUCAACCACUAAUAUAGCAUCCACAUCAGCAUCCACUCCUGCAAUGUCAACCACUAGUACCGUUCCUUCAGAUAUAGCAUCCACAUCAGCAUCCACUCCUGCAAUGUCAGCCACUAGUACCGUUCCUUCAGAUAUAGCAUCCACAUCAGCAUCCACUCCUGCAAUGUCAACCACUAGUACCGUUCCUUCAGAUAUAGCAUCCACAUCAGCAUCCACUCCUGCAAUGUCAGCCACUAGUACCGUUCCUUCAGAUAUAGCAUCCACAUCCUGCAAUGUCAGCCACUAUACCGUUCCUUCAGAUAUAGCAUCCACAUCAGCAUCCACUCCUGCAAUGUCAGCCACUAGUACCGUUCCUUCAGAUAUAGCAUCCACAUCAGCAUCCACUCCUGCAAUGUCAGCCACUAGUACCGUUCCUUCAGAUAUAGCAUCCACAUCAGCAUCCACUCCUGCAAUGUCAGCCACUAUACCGUUCCCGUUCCUUCAGAUAUAG